CAAUAACUUUGCUACAUAUUACAAACUGGAAAAAACAUGUUUUAAAGUAGCUUUACAGACAGUGCUGCCUCUGAAGGGCAAGCAACAUGCCACUCAAAAUUGAGCCAAUUUGACAUAUGCCUCCAUUUCCCUGUGAGGCAUCUAGCACAUGCCACCAAAAUGUUGCAACUGGAGAAAUAAGCACUUUUAGAUCUCUUACUAAAUCAAGCACGCAGCCUCAAUGUUUGUUGCAAAAGCCACUGAGCUUAAUGUAAUAUUUUGGUGGUUAAUUUUCUGUAGGGCAUCUUAAAAAUGUAACCCUGAUAACCUGCAUUGACCCAGAGCUUUCCACAAAUCUGUUUAACCCUCUGGUAGUGUCACAAACUAUCCAGAUCUGGGGGGUUGAAUUUGGUUUUUGUGUGAGUGUUUUGUUUUGUUUUUGUUGUUCACAUGGGCGGGUGGGAAUUCAGUUCCCAGAUAGCUUGGGUCAUGGUGUUUAGUUUCUUAAAGAGCCAAAGUAAAACAAACUAUGAUCCAAGAUUUUCAAAAAGAGAAGCCUAAAAUCUUAGGCUCCUAAUUCUUUAUGUAGGCUCCUAAAUAAGCAGGCUAGGGUAAAAUUUUCAAAAGCAACCAAGACCCAGUGAUGUUGGGUUACUUAGAUGCUUUUGAAAAUGUUACCCCAGUGUCCAAAAGUGCCGAACACCCAACAGCCUCUGAUGAAAUUAAGCUGGUGGGUGUUGGCAAUUUUCAAAAUCGGACUAGUUCCUUACCCUUCUAUGGGUACAAUUUGCAAAAGCACUGAGACAUCUUAAGAGCACAAAGCACAUUUGUUGACCUUCAGUGCAAUUUGUACUCCGACGUCACAUAGGCACCUUUGAAAAUCCAACCCUAAUUCUAUUGUUAGGUACCUAAUUCUAGACUCCUAUUUUUGAAAAUCUUGUUCCUAAGCCUCUGUGCUUGUCAUCCAUAAAUUUGAAAAGCAGUAGUAUCCAGUCAGAGCAAACAGGCUCUCCGGUCACCUUUGGAGUCCUCUAGCAUGUAAAAAUAUUAGUGUAAUUGACAACGGGCUGAGGAAGAUGUAUGGUUUUUCAGUUGCCUGCAUUCGGGGCAACAAUAAGUAGUCUUCUGCUUCUCUCUGUCUCGAUUUUGAUUUUGUGGGGGAUACCUGAGGAAGUAGGUUUGAGGACAGAUUGACGACUAGUUUGGAAUGAUGAUUGAUUUCAGUGGGAGUUGGGGAUCUAAAUACCUUUUUAAAAUAUGACCCUAGAACCACAGAACAGUACUUUUGUAAGGGUAAUACUGUCAAAAACUAGGAAGAGAAAAUGUGUUGAACCAUCUUCUCAAGGGAGCUCCUGAGACAAACGGGAUAGCAGAAAGGAAUUUUUAACCUCCCUCACCACCAUCCCAUUCCUUCCUGAAUUCUGAAGGCACUCAACAUUUCUUUCCAGAUCUGAAGAAGUGCUCUGUGUAAGGUCCAAACCUUUUCUUUCUCAACAACAGAAGUUGGUCCAAUAAAACAUUACUUCCCCCACCUGGUCUCUCUAAAAUCAUUCCUGUCUGGAGCUGGGCCACACCCAAGCUGGGCAGAGAGAGAGCAAGAGUUGAGAGCAAGUUUAAUAGGCAAGGGCCUCAUCCCUGAAUUCCUCGAGCAGCCAAAAAAUUCCUAUUGGCGCCAAUGGGGAGCUUUCAGAUCCCAAGGGACCACAGGAUCCGCCCCUGGAUCCUGUGGCCCCUUGGGACCCAAAAACUCCCCCAUUGUUUCAAGCAUUCAGAGUUUUGUUUAGUCUUAGAAUCUUUUUUUUUUUUUUACAUGAUGUGACCAAAGCGAGUUGAGAAUAGAUAGCACAGGCACGGUGUGACUGAGUCCCGGAAAACAAUUGCACUUACGUUUAACGGUCUGUAUGUAUAUUUAUGUAUUUAUUCAUUCAUACCUUCUUGGGAAAUUUAUAUGGCCUGAGAUGAUUCCAAAGUUCAGCGAUUCUAGACUUUGGAAAUAAAUGACUGAUCCCACAAAGUCGUAGGCACAUGCGUAAAUCCUACGCAGGCUCGACUUCAUGUGAUUUUUAUUAGUUAUGGGCCUGAUCCUGUAAAGGCUUACGCGGGUGAGGGACUGUUCCUACAACUCCCAGGGUUCACAUGUCUACCCCUUUACAGGAUUAGGCCCUUGGUUAACAAGAAUGACAGGAGGGCACAGAGUUUCCCCAGAAUGCACUGCAAUUGAGAUAGUCAAGGUGAGGAGUAUUGCUGGCCCUUUCUCCCCCACCCCAGUGAAUACAGGAGGAGGAUCCUGUUAGGAAGGCUUGGAGGUACUGUAUGUUCCUCUCUUUACUCCAGGGUGAAAAAAGGGUGAGGGACCAUGGGGAGAAGUUCCAUCUGCCCCCUCCCCCAAUGACCAGUUCCUCUCCAUGAGACAGAUUCCUCCUGACCCUUCCUUCCAUGGCUGCCCCACUUUGCACCAUGAGCCUUGCCCCAAAUUUAAUUUUGUUUUAAACCUUUUCCAAAAAAAACAGUAGUUCACACAAUUAAUAAGCAAACUUCCGUUCUAUUUUCUGUUUCAACAUUCAGGCUUUGAAUAAUGUUAGGAAGUACGGCCACUUUUAUUUUAUUUUGGAGGGACUACUUUUUUUACAGAAGGUAGAAGAACACCCACCCAGGAAGCAGCCCUUAGUGAUGUGACCAGCACAAAGGGAGCCUUAAACUGUAGCAGCAGGAAAAGCAGUGUUUGGCGAGUGAUGUCCUUAAAAUGAACGGGUGCUUUGAGGGUGUUGGGCUGCGAUGCCUUUUUAAGGGCAUCAGCAUGGCUGCCCCCAAGCCUCCAAAAUACCUCCUAGUCUUUGACUUUGAUGAAACUAUCAUCAAUGAAAACAGCGAUGACUCGGUCAUCAGGGCUGCUCCGGGCCAGGUGCUUCCAGAGCACAUCCGCCAGACCUUCCGGGAUGGCUUCUACAACGAGUACAUGCAGCGUGUCUUCGAGUACCUGGGAGACCAAGGAGUCAAGAUGCUGAACUACAAAACGGCCUAUGAGAACAUCCCGCUGUCUCCUGGGAUGCCAGAGCUCUUUCAGUUCCUCUCCAAGAACCAAGACCAGUUUGAGAUCAUCCUCCUCUCCGACGCCAACAUGUUUGGCAUCGAGUGCACUUUGAGAGCCGCCGGUGUCCACUCCCUCUUCCGCAAAAUCUUUAGCAACCCCUCUGGGUUUGACAAGAGGGGCUACCUCACCUUGGGGCCCUAUCACACUCACAAGUGCCCCCAGUGCCCCGCAAAUAUGUGUAAGCGCAAAAUCCUCACUGAGUACCUGAUGGAGCGGGCCCAGGAGGGAGCCGAAUUCGAGAGCAUUUUCUAUGUUGGGGACGGGGCCAAUGACUUCUGCCCUUCCGUGGCUUUGACUUCGACAGAUAUUGCUUUCCCACGGAAGGGCUACCCCAUGCACCAGAUGACCCAGGAGAUGGAGAAAAAGCAACCCAGAGCCUUCCAGGCCAGUGUGGUUCCCUGGGAUUCGGCUGUAGAAGUUUGCCGCUAUCUGCAAGAGCUCCUCAAGAAGAAAUGCUGAGAGGGACUGAUGGUUCAGAAGAGACUCCUGCUGCCCUUGAGGCAACUUGGGGGCAGUGUGCAGGAAAGUGGGAGGUUCAGGAGCAUCUCCAUACCUACUGGCUGAUGUGACUCCAUUUCUAGCUUUGCAGAGCUUUGAACUUCUGGAUUUCUUCCCCCGCCCCCUACUUUUUUUUUCUUUUAACAAGCACAUUCUCUGGGUCCCCUUUUCUCCCCCCUCCUCCCAAUCUUGAGACAAGGUGUUCUCUAUGCAGUUUGCACACCCGUUCAGGAAAGUGGGUGGUUCGUCUGAGAUCUUUAUUUUUACCUUCACCUUGAAUUCUUUUUUCAAAUGAUUCUUUUAUUUUUGUAAAGAAACAAAAACAAACCAGUUCUCAUGCGGCUACAAAGUGCCCAUGCUCCCACUAGCCCCAAGGCAGAGGUCCCCGAAUCUCUGACUUGAUCACAGCAGCUGGGGUCCACCUACGUCACCCCCUGCAUGACCCCUCUGUUCCUCCCCACCACAUCAGGUGACUUGAAACUGACCUCCUGAGCAUCCGUGACAGGGCUCGUCUCUGUCCAGGAGGCAGGUGGAAGCCUAAUCAGGGGCAGCUUCUAUUCAUAGAGCCACCCUGCCCAUAUCCCCUUGUUCCAGGAAGGCUGCUACAGCAAGAAGACAUGAGUGUGGUACCAGAUUCGGGUGUGGGGUUAUGAGGACACCGUUGAUUUAGGUUUUCAAUUACAGGUGGUUCACUGAAGCACAUUUCUAAGCAAGCAAGAGUGAGAUUUUCUACAGGUGCCAAUGGGAGUUAGGCACAUCACUGUCCUUUUGUCCUUUGAAAAUCCCCCCUCCCCCAAGGCUCCAAUUCCCCAGCCCCGUCCCCUCUGAGCAGAUCACAGUAGGAAGGGACUGUGGAAUAAUGAGAUGUAGGGGGCAGUGUGUGAUAUAUAGCUGGAAAGCCCUGUCCCCCACCAAAAUAUAAAUAGUUUGCAUUUAAAACAUUCCACUGAGUCUGGAUUUCUGAGGCUUGUUUGCACAAGCAUACUCAGGAAAGUAAAGUGGAAUAGUUAAACUCCAUUACACCCCAGUGUGGAUGCUCAUUCUGAACUAAAGUGGCGUUAAUUUGGUGUAGCUUAAUUCAAACGUGAAUUAAACUGAAGUGAAGUAAGGUCAUCUUUAUUCUGAAUCAGUGUGCCCACACCGGGGUUUUAUGCAGUUUAACUAAUCUACUUUUAACUUGCACCUUUAGUUAAUUUGGAUUACCAUUCCUGGAUGUCCUGAUGUCAGGGCCAAGUCCUUACACUUUGCUUCCAUUUUCUCCCCCAGGGCAGAAAUUUCUCCAUAGUAACUUAAACAUCUUUCUCUGUUGUUGUUUUAAGCGUGAAAGUGAGCAUCCCUCCUCAAAUGCUUUUACACACACAGCUGAUUUCCAAAGCCGAAGCUCCUAUCCAUCAGCUGCCUGUGCUCACUAGCCCAUGUCCAUACUGGAUCCCAAAGCCUGUUUGUUGAACUAGUUUAAAACCUAGCCUAAGCACUGCCCUGUCUGAACUGCAGUGCUGCAGCUGGGCUUUGAAGCAGCUCCUCAAAGGCAAUUUUGAGAUGCCUGGUGGACAGCACCCAGGAGAGCUAUUUCUCCCAAGCUACGGGCUGCUUCUGGUGCACGUGGAGCAGCAAGUAGCAGAAUAAACCAAGCUCUCCUUGUGCUGUAGACAAAUCACCGGUCAGACCACGGCAUGGGGGUUAUAUUAGGAUGGAGCCGCUUCCUUGGCCAAAUCCCGGGAGGUGCUGAAACUCCCGUUGAUUGCAAGGGGAGCUGUGGUGCUCAGCAUCCCCUGGGGGGUCAGACUGCUAGAGGAUCAAAGCCUCUCUCCACUCUGCUUGUAAGUAUUCUCUCCCUGGGCAACCACAGUAUUAACUACCCCGUGAUUGCAUUCGGCAGGGGCAGCCGCAGCAUUAACUGCCCAGGAUGGUGGCUUCUACCGGGAUCAACUGCAGCCUGUCUACUCCAAAGCAGAUAGCUCUGACCAAAACUCUGCGCAGUACAGAACUAACCAAAGCUGCCCCAGCUUCCCUUCCUCUUUGCUGUUUGUUUUUUGUUCUUCCUCCCUCCAAUCAUGUGGAACGUAAAGCCAUGAAAUUUUUUUAAACAAAUAUCGGAAUGUUAUCUAGUAAAUAUCAACAGCAGGUA